UUGAAAAAAAAAAGAUUAACUCCGUGAAUCUGCUGGCAAAUAGCUUUUAAACUGCUUUAGAGUAGCGUUUCAGCUUGACAGUGGUUAAACCUCUGUGGUUCUAACCGGCGGUAUACAAACAUGUCACUCGACAGUCUUUGGCUGAGCGCGCAACUAUCUUUUCCCCCAGAGACAUGAAGACUUUUAUUUUGAAAACGGGAAAUGACAGGCACGCACGAUGAUCAGCUGACUGAAUUGUUGACAAUGCAAGUCGGUCACCGGUGGAGGAAGCAAAACCUCUGGCAGUUCAGUUUCAGCGAUGAGUAAAUGUUGAGCUUCCAACUAAAAUGACCGAUGUUUACUUCACACGCUGUAAAGCUUAUUUUUUAGAUUCCGCGUGACUGCACGGUUCUCAGUUUGUACACGCGCUGCUGUUGAUCUGCUCCAGACUCUCCCCUGACCUGUAAUCCAUGAAAAAGGCGAACAAGAAAGGAGGGUAAAACACCAGAUAAACAUCACUGCUGUCAGUAUGGACAUCCAGAGCGAGAGGAGAAGGCUUCUGGAUGCGGAGGGUGGAGAUGAGGAUCCUACAGGACUCAUGUCUGAGCAGGAUGCUUAUCUGAGUAAAGUGAAGAACAAGAACUUGUACCUGGCGACAUUUGCGUCCGUUCUGGGUCCCAUGAGCUUCGGGUUCGUGCUGGGGUACAGCUCUCCUGUCAUCCCCGAACUGACCAGAAUCAGUGACCCUCGGCUGCGACUGGACAGCAUCCAGGCCUCCUGGUUUGGGUCCAUAGUGACGGUGGGAGCAGCCUUAGGUGGCCUGCUGGGCGGAUGGAUGGUGGAUAAGAUCGGCAGGAAGCUCAGUCUGAUGUUCUGCUCGCUGCCGUUCGUCUUCGGCUUCACCAUCAUCAUCGCAGCACAGAACGUGUGGAUGCUUUACAUUGGCAGAGUGCUCACCGGCCUCGCUAGCGGAGUCACGUCACUGGUGGUACCGCUAUACAUCUCUGAGAUGGCCCACGAGCGGGUACGUGGGUUUUUAGGCUCCUGUGUGCAACUCAUGGUGGUGCUUGGCAUCAUGGGAGUGUAUCUUGCAGGUCUCUUCCUUGACUGGCGCUGGUUGGCGAUCUGCAGCUCCAUCCCUCCGACCCUGAUGAUGGUCUGCAUGUGCUUCAUGCCAGAGACGCCCCGCUUCCUGCUGUCACAGGGCAAGAGGCGGGAGGCUGAGGAGGCACUGCGCUUCCUGAGAGGACCUGAUGCCCCCGUCGAAUGGGAGUGCGCCCGCAUCGAGGAAGCCUGUGAUGAGCAGGGCUCCAGUUUCCACAUGUCCGAUCUGAAAGAUCCUGGUGUCUACAAGCCUCUGGUGAUCGGUUUCAUGCUGAUGAUUUUUCAGCAGAUGACGGGGAUCAAUGCUAUCAUGUUCUACGCUGAGAACAUAUUUGAACAGGCACAUUUUAAGGAGAGUGACCUGGCUUCAGUCAUCGUGGGUCUGAUACAGGUCGUCUUCACAGGAGUGGCAGCGCUGAUCAUGGACAAAGCAGGAAGGAAAAUCCUUCUUAUCAUCUCAGGCAUUGCCAUGGCAAUCAGCACCACAGCAUUUGGGGUUUACUUUUACCUGAUGUCCAAGCUUCACACCCCCACUGUGUCACUGAGCGUCUUGAUGCUGGACAUCCAGAGCAAGGCUGCUGAAGAACCCCAUGCUAACUUGGCCUGGCUGGCCUUGGCCAGCAUGGCUGUCUUCAUCACAGGUUUUGCCCUUGGUUGGGGUCCAAUCCCGUGGCUGGUCAUGUCGGAGAUUUUCCCCCAUAAAGUGAGAGGGUUUGCCAGUGCUGUCUGCGUCCUCACCAACUGGGGCCUGGCAUUCAUCGUCACCAAAACAUUCCAAGACAUGAUGACUCUUCUAACCAGCGCUGGAACCUUCUGGCUGUUCGCCUCUAUGUGCGUCCUCAACGUCAUCUUCACUAUCGCCUUUAUCCCAGAAACUAAGGGCAAGACACUGGAGCAGAUUGAAGCCACUUUCAGAGGGACAUCAGGUCCGUGAAGCCCCCCUCCUUGCCAAAAACCGUCACGCAUGUCAAAAACUGAAAAAUCUCUGACCUCAUAUUUCAGAACUGACUUGUCCUGGCGACACUGUGUGGGCAUUUAUAAAUAUUUGUGAAGCCUCGAAAGCUAUGAAGCUGUUCAAAAAACAUUCAUUAGUUUUUAUCACAGACACACUGCUCAACCUAAUACAGCUACUCAAUACUAAUACAACAGCACUGUGGUGAUGCUGCCUUUAUGAUGGUUACACUGUUCUUUUUUUCAGUGUUUCAGUGAUUUACUCGUGUGAUGUUAUCGGAGGCUCAGGUUUAUGGUGCUGUUGAACUGAUGGGUGUUUCUCAUAUUUUGCCCACCCCAUGUGUAUCAAUAGGAGGCCUGACCUUCAUCAUUGACACAUUUGAUAAUCAGGCCUUUAAAUACACUUUUCAUUCUUUAAAUGUUAUGUUGUGCUGAGAAAAAAAACCAAAAACAAAACAUGUUAAACACAGUAAGAAAAUAAUCAGACAAGUGUUUUUUUAAAAAGACUGGACUAAAGUUCACCUUUAAACACUGUGCUGCGGAGUGACGAUGUCGAUUCAGCAAAGGUUUAGUUUAGUGCUGACUGUGGUGUAGCGACUACCUCCAGUAACUCUACACUGCCCUCUGCAGGUGUCACUGCUUUAGCUCAGCUCUGAGGACACAAAUAAGACUUCCUUCCCUUGGGCAGACUUAUUGAAAGCUACAAAACUGAAAGUCAUGUACAUAGUUAAAGUUGUAUAUACAUCUGGGGUCUUAAAACUUUCAGUCUUUGAUUCCAAACUGUGAGGUAUCAGAGUGAAAAUAGUGUUGAAGGUAUACCACACCCCGAUUCUUUCUACAGGUCAGACUGUUUUUCAAGGAGAAAAGAGGCUGUGCUUAGCUCAAAUAAAUAUCAGGUAUAAACUGUUCGAAUUAGGAUGGGGCUUAGCAAAAUCUGAAGAUGUUACUCAAACCACUGCUGCAGCGCAAUCCUUUUUUUAUUCUAGUUUUCAUCAAUUAUGGCAUAAAACAGAGAUUCUGUCUUAAUCCUCAUUUUAAACCCUUUUGAGAUGUCAGCAGGUCAAAUCUGUCCAACACAGAUGUUAGUUUCCUACACUGAGAAUAUGUCUGAAUGUAAGAAGUACUCUCUGGGUUUUUGGACUUUUUAUAUCUUUUUGACAGAAGCUGGUACGAUGCUGGAGCAGAGUGCGGGAUAUACAGAGACUUUUUGAAACAAAGUCGUGUUUAGUUACUUUACUAGUUAAGAAUAAUAUCUGGUGUCCUGGUGUUCCUCCUUGAACUCUAAAUGUCUCUGAAAGAAUUAUGAAGGUUUUUUGUACUGAUGUUUUGGGAAGUGAGUCUGCUGUUUACAAUGACUGUGCUGACUGUUAAUCUGACUGUGCGGUUUGUAUCGUUUGAGAAAUGAAGUGAAACUUAAACCGAUUCCAUGAUGCAAAACUUGUUUAACAUUUAUCAUAAAAAGAAACUGGCAACUGUAAAUUCUCAUAAAGAAAUAAGUGUUUUUGUAAGUUUUUUUCAAUAAUUUUCUCUUGGGAUGCUCUAAAUGAAAUGUUGAACAUAUUCCACAUGACUUAUAUACAGUUGGGAUUGGGAUGAUAUUUGAUUUCAGACUGAUUUUUUUUUUUUUUUUUUUUUUUACAGUUUAUAAUGAUUUUACAUUUUUCUCUUUUAAAGAUAAUUCUUCUCUAUAUGAAUAAAGACCUGUUUUGGUGUUGGUUUGCUAUGAGCUCAGUGAAGGUAUGAAAUAAAUAAAUUAUUCCACUCUAUAAACCAUUUCUCUACUGGCUGUAUGUUUGCAUAGAGUGUAUAAUUAUACACUCAAUUUUUAGUUUUAACAGGAUCAAAUGAAGCUUUUUGUCACAGUGUGAUUA